AUGACCUCAAAAGUCAAUAGAAACCAACCGAGGGAAACGUCCACAGAGAUUGCCUUGAUUCAACUUCCGCCACAGACGCAGUCGUAUCGGGCUCGGACCGGCACAUACGGACUCACCCAAGCCUCCAGGCGUCGCCGCUGCGAGACAACAUCUACGACAUACUCCAGGAGCCCAAAGCUAAAGCCCAACAAACAACACCCUUUCCGAGACAACCUGACUAUCCAGCAGAGACCACAGAAGCCCCGCGUAGGGAGCCAAUAUCACUCCGAUCAUGUCCGGGGCCUCUGUUGA